CAUCUUCACUCACUUAUAAUAGAUUACCUGCACCUGAAGAAUCAUGGUGUGUAUUUUUAGAAUAAAUUUUUAAAUGCUGUGUGAAAGUAUACAUGAUUCUGUGACUCUUAUUUUCUCUGUAACAGUUGUACCUGGUGAACCAGUUGUGACCUGUCCAAGUAGUUUUCAUACAGGUACAUCCCCAGGCCAAUCAAGAGGAACUGAAACUUGGAGUCCGCCAACAGUAACUGAUGAUAUUGACACUGGCUUGUCAGCUACCUGUACCCCACCUUCUGGCUCAUCAUUUCCUGUUGGUGACACUACUGUUACGUGUACUUCAACUACUGACAGCAGUGGUAAUACUGCUUUCUGCACCUUCACUGUAACCAUCAUGGAUAAUGAACUUCCAAGUGUAACCUGCUCUGAUGAUAUUACAGUGAAUGCUGCAGCUUCAAAUCAAGCUACAGUGACCUGGAUUGACCCAGCAGUCAGUGACAAUGUUGAUACUGGUUUGUCAGCUACUUGUAUUCCAUCUUCUGGUUAUUCAUUUAAUGUUGGUUCCAAUUCUGUUAUUUGUUAUGCUACUGAUGCUGCUACUAAUGUAGGCAGUUGCAUGUUUGUUGUCAACGUUGAAGUGCCUGUACCUGAAGACCCAGUUGUGACAUGUAUUGAUAGUGUUAUUGUACAAGUUACAUCCCCAGGCCAAGCAACAGGAACUGCAUCUUGGAGUGAGCCAGCAGUAACUGAUAAUAUUGACACUGGCUUGUCAGCUACUUGUACUCCACCUUCUGGUUCAUCAUUUCCUGUUGGUACCAAUACUGUUAUGUGUACCGCAACUGACAGUGAUGGCAAUGCUGGUUCCUGCACAAUUAUUGUUAUUGUCUAUGACAUAGAGAGUCCCAAUUUAACAUGUCCUGGUGAUAUUUCUAUGAGUACAUCCUCAAGUCAAGUUCCAGUGACCUGGAAUGACCCAGCAGUCAGUGACAAUGUUGAUACUGAUCUGUCAGCUACUUGUACUCCAUCUUCUGGUUCAUUAUUUGUUCUUGGUUUAAAUGAUGUCACUUGUGGUGCUACUGAUGCUGCUGGUAGCACAGGUAGCUGUAUGUUUACAGUUAAUAUCAUUGAAGACAACGUAAAUCCUAGUCUGAUAUGCCCCAGUAACGUUGCCAUGAGUACAUCCUCAAGUCAAGCUACAGUGACCUGGAAUGACCCAACAGUCACCGACAAUGUUGAUACUGGUUUGUUAGCUACUUGUAUUCCACCGUCUGGUUCAUCAUUUACCAUUGGCUCAACUAUUGUUACUUGUUCUGUUACUGAUGUUGCUAAUAAUGAAGACAGUUGCAUGUUUAAUGUCAGUGUUGCAGGUUCUUUGGGCCAACCCACUGUGAUAUGCCCUGAUGAUAUAAACCAAUUAGCUACAGUGACCUGGAGUGACCCAAUAGUCCGUGACAAUGUUGAUAGUGGUCUGUCAGCUACUUGUAGUCCAUCUUCUGGUUCAUCAUUUAAUGUUGGUGAAACUGAUGUGACUUGUUCUGCUGUCGAUACUGAUGGCAAUAAAGCCAGCUGUUCUUUUAGUGUUAACAUAACAGGUAAGGUCAUUCUACUACAGCAGG